AUGCAUUCGCUUGCCCUCCUGCCUCCCUCUCUCCUCGCUCUCGUCUCUCUAGCUUGGGCACAAUCAGCGCCCCUACACACCACUCUCCCCUCAGGCUUACGCAUCGACUACACCACUCCGGCCCGGUGCUCCCGACCUUCGCAGAAUGGCGACUCCAUCAGCGUUCACUACCGCGGCACCCUCGAGGACGGCACGCUGUUCGAUGAGAGCUACAAGCGCGGCCAACCCUUCACCUUCACCUUAGGAGCCGGACAAGUCAUCCGAGGAUGGGACCUAGGCCUGCUCGACAUGUGUCCCGGAGAGCGGAGGAACUUGACGAUACCUUCGGAUCUCGCAUAUGGCAAUCAGGAUGUAGGAGGUGUCAUCAAGGCUGGCAGCACGUUACUGUUUGCGACAGAGCUGGUCGACAUUGUUGGAGUCACGGAGGAGUUCGUCACUUUGGGCGACCCGACACCAACGGCUGAUGUCCUUACGGCUAUCACCGGCGGUGCGUCUGUUACGACUGGGGAGGACGGCAUCCUUACCAUUGCCACUGCGCCGGCGGACCCUCCCGAAGGCGACAACGUGCAUGAGGUCACCGACGACAAGCUCAGCGCCACACCCUUGGAACCACAAGACAGUCCGGACGGACCGCCUGAAGAGCCUCCGCAGGCAGAGUGCCAUCUGCUGGGACCGUUCGCUCUGCUAAUCCAGGGCUUGCUGGGCGCAUUCGCCUUGCUCUCACUCGUCUUCAAACGGUACCGUGAGAACCCAAAACGACCGUGGCGCAUCUGGUUCUUCGACGUUAGCAAGCAAGUCUUUGGCUCUAUGCUCACACACGUGCUCAACUUAGCUAUGAGCAUGCUAUCGAGCGUGGACAUGGUCAAUGCGGCAAAGAAAGCAGGCGUGACGUCUGCCAUCAACGAUCCAGAGGGCCGCAUGCCGAAUCCCUGCAGUUUCUAUCUGCUGAACCUAGCCAUUGAUACUACCCUUGGAAUCCCUGUGUUGUACCUCUUGCUGAAGGUACUACACGCUCUCUUCUUGCACACAGCCGUUGCAAAGCCGCCAGAAUCAAUCCAGUCCGGCCAUUACGGUCCGCCAGGCGGCCCGCCCAAGUGGUCAUGGUAUCUCAAGCAGCUCAUGAUAUACUUCAUAGGCCUAGUCUUCAUGAAGUUGUUUGUCUUCUUUCUAUUCGCGGCAAUCCCGCAAUUGCCUUGGAUCGGUGACUGGGCGCUACGCUGGACAAAAGGCAACGAAGUGCUGGAAGUCACGUUUGCUAUGUUUGUCUUCCCAUUGGCAAUGAACGCUGUACAGUAUUGGGUGAUUGACAACUUUAUUAUGGACAAGAAGCAAUCGGGUCAGAAGGCUGGCUAUGAGGAGGUGCACGCGGAAGACGAUGAUGCGGGUGGUGAUAGGUCUGGUGCAGUGCGAAGCGAGGACGUGGAUGACGAGGAUGCUGAUGAACAUGCUGCGUUGGUAGGGAAGAGUCAAGCGGAGGCGGCACCUAUCGAGGAGAUCAACCCUAUCGCCCUUGACGUGGGGCGUGGAGGGAGUCGGCGGCCGAGUCCAUCGAAGGACGACUAA